UCGACUGCGGGCCAAAAGGAAUCCAACGACUAUGAUGCGCUUGGCCGACGCGCUUUAGACUAUUAGUAUCCAGUCGGCUGGAGACUUGGCAAGAACGUAACGCUGAAAAAGCAAACAAUUGAAAGCGAUGCAUUUGCUACGAUUGAAGGUGAUAUUGUUCGUGAUUGGAGGAUCGUUAUUUAUCGAGACGUCAAAGGCUGGCGCACCGCCGCCCAGUCGACCGUUUUAUCACAAGUACAGGCCAUUGGAUCUUGGUCCGACCCCGUUCGUGGACGAAGCGACUGGCCAAUGCGUCCUGAGCCCGUGCGACGCUCUUGGACGGGCCAGGGACGAGCUGUACAGCAUUUUAGAUGAAAAGGAGAAAGUGCAGAGUCAAAGUCGAACGCUGAUUGGUGAACUACAACAAGCCGUCACGCACGGUAAAGAUUCGCAAGACGCAUUAAGAAAAACCAUCCAAUUGAUGGAGCAGAGAAUUCGCAGUCUGGAACAAUCAGUUUGGACAUUGGAUAAGAGUUCGUCCCGUUGGAACAAAUGCUCGGAAGGGCCGUGCACGUGUACAGCCGAGACCCGUACCGUUUCCUGCUGGCGUCUGGAUUUGACGUUCGUUCCGCGGAGCCAGACGAUCCCGCACGAUACUAAAGCGCUUGAUAUGGGCGCCAAUCGACUAGGCACACUCAACAAGGACGCCUUCAAAGGAAUGAUUCUACUCAACGAACUGGAUUUAUUUGACAACCAGAUCGAGUAUCUACCCGACUCGGUGUUCGACAGCUUGGAGAAUUUGAUCAAUCUGAAGAUCCACAAAAAUAAACUAAAAGUCUUGGACGAAAAGAUAUUCAUCGCCAACAUCAAUCUUGAAACGCUAGAUAUAUCCAAUAACGAGCUGAAAGAGGUGCCACUCGGAGUAUUUCGAACGUUACGACGCUUGACUGUACUCCAUUUGUCCAGCAAUAAAUUUGCCCGACUAGACGAGAAUUUGCUACGAGGCCUGAAUCAACUGGAAGAUGUCGACUUGUCCCGAAAUGAACUGACAGAACUGCCGCCGCUAUUGCUCGAUGGUUUGACCAAGCUGAAGUCAAUCAAAAUAAGCGACAAUCAAAUCAAAGUCCUGCCUCCCACACUUUUCCGCGGAUUAGUCGAUGUGGAAAUAUUGCAAUUGCAGAACAAUGAAAUCCUAGAAUUGCCAGAAAAAAUCUUUCACGAUCUAACCAGUUUAACUCAGCUGGUCUUAACGGGCAAUUCCCUUGUUACCAUUUCACCGGGCAUCUUUUCCAGCCUGGAGCAGUUGCACGAGCUUCACAUUGGUGGAAACCUUCUGGAACAUUUGCCGGCUGGUGUAUUUACGGGUAUGGAACGGCUGGAGAAGUUGUUCAUCUUGUCCAAUAAUCUGCGUGAAAUCGAUUCUGAAGCAUUCACCGGCAUCCCUCAAUUGCUGUGGCUCGCCCUCAACAACAAUUUGCUGACUUCGUUACCACAUGAUGUUUUCGAACCGGUCCCGAAACUUCAGCGAAUGCAACUGGAUAGCAAUCACUUCAUGUUUCUCCCCGAGGGCACUUUCGAACCGUUGAAGAAUCUUCAGUACGUCAAUUUGAUCAAGAAUCCAUGGCACUGUGAUUGCUCCAUUCUUUAUCUGACGAGAUGGAUUAACGAACAUCCAGAUCUAAUAUGGGAUUACCAACCCAAGUGCCGUGGUCCUGGCGAGUUGGGGGGUAAAUCUGUUUACACCAUGACCUUCAACGACGUCUGUGAUGGACAGUGGGCGUCAAUGAUGUCUAUCAAAAAUCGAGUUCGAGCGCGUGUUCGUUAAGAGGGCCGUAAUGUCUCAAAUUUCGUCUGCAGAAAGUUGCAUGCUUUAUUUUCAACGUUUCUUCGUCAAACUUUAUCUUAACUUAUCAAUAUAACUGCAUACCAACAGUCAAA